CCGCGGGGAAGGUUGAAGGCGAGGCACAGCACUCUAUCCACCUUGCUAUGUCCUCCGUGCUCUUCACCCUGCGCUCCCUGGCGGUGUCCAGCCUCCGGUAUCCCCCGGUGAGGGGGAAGAAGCGCUGGCUCAGGUCUUACCUGCUGGCCCUGGAGAAGCAGCGGAAGCUGGAGGGCCCCCCGAAGCCGGUCCCCCGGUGAGUUCCUCCAUCACCUUCACCUGUCCCACUUACCAACAUCAGCCACGUGACUUUACUGACUCUCCUGUCAGUGUCCAUUGUGGGCUGCAUGUCUGACCCCCACUGGACACUAAAUCCUGACUCUCCUGUCAGUGUCCAAUGUGGGCUGCAUGUCUGACCCCCACUGGACACUAAAUCAAGACUCUCCUGUCGGUGUCCAUUGUGGGCUGCAUGUCUGACCCCCCACUGGACACUAAAUCAAGACUCUCCUGUCGGUGUCCAAUGUGGGCUGCAUGUCUGACCCCCACUGGACACUAAAUCCUGACUCUCCUGUCGGUGUCCAUUGUGGGCUGCAUGUCUGACCCCCACUGGACACUAAAUCCUGACUCUCCUGUCAGUGUCCAUUGUGGGCUGCAUGUCUGACCCCCACUGGACACUAAAUCCUGACUCUCCUGUCAGUGUCCAAUGUGGGCUGCAUGUCUGACCCCCACUGGACACUAAAUCAAGACUCUCCUGUCGGUGUCCAUUGUGGGCUGCAUGUCUGACCCCCCACUGGACACUAAAUCAAGCCUCUCCUGUCGGUGUCCAAUGUGGGCUGCAUGUCUGACCCCCACUGGACACUAAAUCCUGACUCUCCUGUCGGUGUCCAUUGUGGGCUGCAUGUCUGACCCCCACUGGACACUAAAUCCUGACUCUCCUGUCAGUGUCCAUUGUGGGCUGCAUGUCUGACCCCCACUGGACACUAAAUCCUGACUCUCCUGUCAGUGUCCAAUGUGGGCUGCAUGUCUGACCCCCACUGGACACUAAAUCAAGACUCUCCUGUCGGUGUCCAUUGUGGGCUGCAUGUCUGACCCCCCACUGGACACUAAAUCAAGACUCUCCUGUCGGUGUCCAAUGUGGGCUGCAUGUCUGACCCCCACUGGACACUAAAUCCUGACUCUCCUGUCGGUGUCCAUUGUGGGCUGCAUGUCUGAUGCCCACUGGACACUAAAUCCAGACUCUCCUGUCGGUGUCCAUUGUGGGCUGCAUGUCUGAUCCCCACUGGACACUUAAUCCUGACUCUCCUGUCGGUGUCCAAUGUGGGCUGCAUGUCUGACCCCCACGGGACACUAAAUCCUGACUCUCCUGUCAGUGUCCAAUGUGGGCUGCAUGUCUGACCCCCACGGGACACUAACUCCUGACUCUCCUGUCAGUGUCCAAUGUGGGCUGCAUGUCUGACCCCCACGGGACACUAAAUCCUGACUCUCCUCACAGUGUCCAUUGUGGGCUGCAUGUCUGACCCCCACGGGACACUAAAUCCUGACUCUCCCGUCGGUGUCCAUUGUGGGCUGCAUGUCUGACCCCCACUGGACACUAAAUCCUAACUCUCCCGUCAGUGUCCAUUGUGGGCUGCAUGUCUGACCCCCACUGGACACUAAAUCCUGACUCUCCUGUCAGUGUCCAUUGUGGGCUGCAUGUCUGACCCCCACUGGACACUAAAUCCCGACUCUCCUGUCAGUGUCCAUUGUGGGCUGCAUGUCUGACCCCCACUGGACACUCAAUCCUGACUCUCCUGUCAGUGUCCAUUGUGGGAUGCAUGUCUCAUGUCUGAUCCCCACUGGACACUAAAUCCUGACUCUCCUGUCAGUGUCCAUUGUGUGCUGACACUAAUCCGUUACGGCGGUUGAGACCAUUUAUAAUGUCUGAUGUUUAUAAUGUCCGAUCCCUGUCCUCCUGUCACUUCUUAAUGCAUUGCAUAAUAAAAAGCACGAAAAUACAAUAAAAUGACAGGUAAUAAAGCCUCUCUUCAGUAUAAGAUUAGUAGGAUGUUUGCCAUCAGUUUUCAAGAAAAAGAAUAUCACACAACAAUAACAGCAAUGGUCAAUUAUGAGACUAUUACAUGAUGAAUUGAAUUUGAACCAUUUUUUGGACUGAAAAACCAGGGUGUGACUAUUAUGCGGUGAAAUACUGUCAUUUAUUAAUGGGAUUUUGGUGGUUUCUUUUGCUUGAAUUACUUUUCGAAUGUAGCAAUUCAACUCUUUUUUCUUGUUACACCUCUAAAUAUGAUGGUGAUUUGCAGCAUGUUAAAUCUAAUUAUAUUAAACAGCUGUAAUAUAACAGGUAGUGCUUUUAAUGUUUUAACUUGGAAUGCUUCUCAUUUUUUAACCCUUACUUGUAUCUUCUUAGGUCACAGCAGCUGAACUUUGACUACCAUGCAGAAAUUGUAGCUUUCUCAAAGCGACUUAAUGAGAGUUUCUCGUUGGAUCUUUUGAAAACGGCAUUUGUGAACUCUUCAUACUUGGUACAGGAGCAGAAUAGACGCCUAGAGCUAGGGUUGGACAAAGAAACCGCUGCACUGAAUCUACAGGAUAACCAGGAACUUUUCCAAAGAGGGUCUGAUUUCACUGCCCUAUAUCUUAAAGAAAACCUGCUGCAAGCGUUCCCCAACCUACCUGUUUCUGGAAUCACAGCCUUAAUUGACUAUCUCACUAGUGAAGAAAUUAUCUGUCAUGUGGCCCAAAAUUUGGCAGUAGAGGAUUUAGCACUGAGCUCAGAGUGUCCAUUGUCUCCUGGCACUCUUCAGCGAACUUUCUUUGCAGUAAUUGGAGCUCUGCUGCAGAGUAGUGGCCCUGAGAGAACAGGACUGUUUAUAAGGGUAGGUAUCAACUAAUGGGUCUGUAUAUUUCCUGAUCAUACGUGGCGGCAUUUACUUAUGGGUUAACUCCUCCCCUCACAGAAGAAAGCACAGGAAAUGGACCCCUGAAAUUGGUAUAAAUAGAUCCACCCCCUCCCCAUCAGGCAGUCUUUGUAACUAGCUUUACAGCUCUCGUAGAAGAUGGGUGGGAACAUCAUGCUGCCAUGUAUAAUGAUCAGGAAAUGGAAACUACAGUAAGUAUGAAACAAUAUUUUUUUUAUUCCUGAUCAAACGUGGCAGCAUUUACUUGUGGGAAUACCCAAGAUGUAUAUAUAGUGGGAGGAACUGAGUUCAAAUACAGCUAGUAGUUAUAAAAAAACUUUUAUUGAGCUGCAUAAAUUAAACAAGCUUUCAUCAAAUGCCAGUUUGUCUUGUCUGAGCAGAUAUGACAAUAUCUUGUUGCUUACUUGUUUGGCUUUUGAUAAGCCUUGUUAGGUUUGUGCAGCCCAAUAAUACUAGUUUAUAUAACUAUUUGCUGUGUUUGAACUCUGUCCCUCCCACUAUAUAUACUGCCUGGGUAUUACCCAUAACUGAUUAGAAGUCCUUUCUCUCUGUCAUGUGAUGACUGUCUCAUAGAUAAUACAAUAAUAUAAGAAAUUUUAAGUAUUCUCUAUUUAAGUAUCUUCAGAAGGAUAUUGAUACCUUAGAGAGGGUUCAGAGAAGGGCUACUAAACUGGUUCAUGGAUUGCGGGAUAAAACUUACCAGGAAAGGUUAAAGGAUCUUAACAUGUAUAGCUUGGAGGAAAGACGAGACAGGGGGGAUAUGAUAGAAACAUUUAAAUAUAUAAAGGGAAUUAACACAGUAAAGGAGGAGACUAUAUUUAAAAGAAGAAAAACUACCACAACAAGAGGACAUAGUCUUAAAUUAGAGGGACAAAGGUUUAAAAAUAAUAUCAGGAAGUAUUACUUUACUGAGAGGGUAGUGGAUGCAUGGAAUAGCCUUCCAGCUGAAGUGGUAGAGGUUAACACAGUAAAGGAGUUUAAGCAUGCGUGGGAUAGGCAUAAGGUUAUCCUAACUAGAAGAUAAGGCCAGGGACUAAUGAAAGUAUUUAGAAAAUUGGGCAGACUAGAUGGGCCGAAUGGUUCUUAUCUGCCGUCACAUUCUAUGUUUCUCUGAUGCAGUGUAUUGUAUAAAAUGAUCCUUACAUCCAGCCUUAUAUAUUCACAGCUAUUAUGCACAUUCUUUCACCAAUAUUCAGAUUUAUAAAAGCACUUAAUAAUAUUUAAAAGUAUGUAAUCUUAUAACGAUACUGAUCCAGUAUAGUUAAAAAUACAAUACUUUAUUAGAAAACAAAUACAAAAACACAAGUCCUGCGCUCAAACUCCCAUAACUGUUGGGAGGCAGCAACAACCAUAGUACACAUCAGCCCAAAUACAUACAGUAAAAACCAAAGUAACCAAAAGUUACCUGCGCUCUUUCCACACCCCUAUGUAUAUUUAAACAAAUGGAGGUUUUUAGUUGCCUCCAAUGGCCAUGAGAGGGUAUGCCCACCUGCCAUGUCAAGGCAGACCUCUUAGGUGGGUCCUAACUAUAACCAUUCACAUUGCUUCCUUGAGCUUCUGGCAAAGAAAUCUCUAAUGAGACAGAAAGGGGGUAUUUUUUUUUUAUUUACAUCCCUACAUGCUUAUUGACCCUUAAUAGGGAACACAUGGGAUGGGCAGCAUCAUUCUAACAUAGCUGUGUGAUGAAAAAAUUUGUAUAUAUAGAUUUUUUUUUUUUUUUUCCAUCUUUUCUAAUAAAGUAUUGUAUUUUUUUAUUUGUAUUUUUUUUUUAAAUUCUUUAUUUUGUUGGUACAGAGGUUUAACAUGUGGAUUUGCACUGCCACAAUAGCUGAUGCAAUCAGGUUGGUAUUCACACUUAAUCAUAUGGCAUUAAAGACAUUGCAGUGUUUUUUGUUUUUUUAACUUAGUUAUGUAAACAGGAUAAUAUCUUAAGCUUAUAAAAACAAAGGAGAACAAUAGCUUGGUUCACAGAUGUGUUUCAUCCAGUAGUCACAUUAAGAUUAGUGGUCAGGCUAGUACAUUGCAUUACAAAACAUGGCUAACUACUCCUAUCUUUAUGUCUGAUACAGUAUGUCUGGUCUAUGCUAUAAUAUUUAAAUGUGCUAUGCUGGGCGAAAGAAAAAUAAAGAGGGGCUGUCUGAAGCAAGAUUAAACUGAUAUUACGCUGAAUACAGGAGUCCACCGCUUGGUGAGUGAGACAUGUAAAUGCCUCCUUAAGUUCUUGCCCUUUCAUCCGAUUCCUGAUUUACUGGGAGCUUGUUGGGUGUAUAUUCCCCGUGGAGAGGCAUGUGUUGCGUAGGUGUUUAGGCAGUUCACCUGCGUAGCUGGUGCUAUUUUGUGGAGGUAGGCUGUUAAAAGUCUCCAGUCUCUGCACCCUAGCUGGGCCCCCGUUGGCUGCAGGUUUUACCUUCAGGGUGUUGGACCUUGGGUGCUUAGUUGUACCUCGGCUCCAGGGCCUCCGCCUUGCAGGUAGUCAGGUUCUCCGGUGCCUCAGUUUUCUUUGCGUCGGAGGGGAGGGGGGCUAGGUGGUUUGAGGAUUGCAAGUCACUGAUAUCAGUGCCUCCAAGGUGUGUACAUGCUUUUGUCUCGCUUCUAUUUUUGCCCAGAAUUUAGCAAGUAUUUCAUCCAGCUUACUCAGGGUCGAGGCAAAGAGGGAGCCGUGUGGGACUUUCUUGUGCAGUAGCUCUUUACCGCUAUGGAGGAGCAGUGUGUGGUCUCCUGGGACCGGGAUGACCCCCCGGUCUAGAGGGGCGGGGGGAGAGCGGAGGACUGCUGCGAGGUGCAAGAUGUGGCAUCUGGAGAACGGCCGUCCCUCCAACGCCAGCCAGGCUUGUGGGCCUCAAGAGGCCCGGGGUCCAGUGUACCGGGUCAGGACAGCGUCGAGAAUUGUACCGUUCGGGUCCCCCGGGUGCUCCCAAGCUGGUUUUGUGGUGGUAUGGCUGAGAUAGCAUGCGGGAGAAGGCUUAGUUUGCAGGCUUUGGUCAGGAGCUCGCCCUGCGUCCGCUCAGCCUGCCAGUCAGGCCCCGCCCCCUAAAGUAUUGUAUUUUUAACUAUACUGGAUCAGUAUCGUUAUAGUUAUAAGGUUACAUACUUUUAAACAUUAUGAAGUGCUUUUACAAAUCUGCAUAUUGGUGAAAGAGUGUGCAUAAUAGCUGUGAAUAUAUAAGGCUGGAUGUAAGGAUCAUUUUAUACAAUACACUGCAUCAGAGAAUACUUAAAAUGUAUCUUUUAUUUUUUACUAAUUUUUAUUUUUUGUUAAAAAUCUAAUUUUUUUUACACUUUCACUUAUACAUUUCUUAUCAUAUUAUUGUAUUAUCUAUGAGACAGUCAUCACAUGGCAGGGAGUGAUGACUUCAUAUCUUUUAUAUUCUUAACUGCAGGUUAAUAGGUUCCCUAUUCCUCUCUACCCAUUUCACUUGACUGCAUUUAAGCAGUACACUGGCUCCUUAUUUCUUUUUUUUUUUUUUUUUUCUACUUUUGCUCCACUUUACUUUUUAUUUUUAUUCCCCAUAACUAAAUGCUGCCAUGUUUGAUCAGGAAUAAGGGGAAUAGUUUCAUACUUACCGUAAUUUUAUUUUCCUCAUCAUUGUACAUGGCAGCAUUACGUUCCUACCCAUCUACUAUGUGAGUUGUGAAGCUAGUUACCUGAUGGGAGGGGAUGCAUCUAUUUAUUCCAAUUUCAGAAUUCUAUUUCCUGUCCUUUCUGCUGUGAGGGGAGAUGCUAACCCAUAUUUUAUCAGGAAGAACAAAAUUACGGUAAGUAUGAAACUAUUUUCCUUAAAGGAUCACUAUAGGAUCAGGAACACAAACAUGUAUUCCUGACCCUAUAGGGUUAAAACCACCAUCUAGACACCCUGGUCCCCUCAUGCCCCCCUAAAUAUAGUAAAAUCUUACUUGUAUUCAGGUCUGCAGCUGCUUACUUUGUCCAUGUUUCCUUUAGACCUGCCCACUGCCUGCUGACAUCAGCAGAAGUGGUACUUUGAUCCAAUCACAAUGCUUCCCCAUAGGAUUGGCUGAGACUUACAAAGAGGCAGAUCAGGGGCAGAGCCAGCACAAUUCAAACACAGCCCUGGCCAAUCAGCAUCUCCUCAUAGAGAUGAAUUGAAUCAAUGAAUCUCUAUGAGGAAAGUUCAGUGUCUGCAUGCAGAGGGAGGAGACACUGAAUGUUUGGAUGCAUUUUAGGCAGCCAUGACCCAGGAAGGAUCUCUAAAUAGCUAUCUGAGAAGCGGUCAGUGAAGUUAUCACUAGGCUGUAAUGUAAACACUGCAUUUUCUCUGAAAAGACAUUUCCUGCUACACUAACAUGAAGUCAGAGCAUUAUUAUAUACUUCUUGGUUCCAGCACGUGACAUGAAUUCUCUUGGCCUCUCUUUAAACAUUGCUUAUAGCCAAGCUUAUCAUUCUGUUGCAAAUCCUCUCAAAUGGCAUACUUUUUCCAUAUGGUUAACAAGAUAUAAAGCAGCAGGACUUUAAUCCACUGGUUUCUCACAUUAAUAGCUUUUCCACAGCAAUUUGUAUUGUAUUUUGUUCCUUUUGAAAUCUUCACUGAAAUGCAAAGAUAUUAAAUAUGAUGGUGUCUGAGGUCAAGGCGUUAAUGUCAGUAUUUGUUGUCUGGCCAUACAUCUAGCACAUGAACCCAGAUUAAGAGGUUUCAGGGGCCUCUAAUAUAACACAUGAGCAAUUCUGGGAGCAAUGUGUGAAGCAGUGUUCCUUUUGAUUGCUCCACUUUUGCAUAUUUUUCCCUAGAAUUAUGCUUUGUGCAUAUGGCCCAUUAAAUUUCCUUAGUGUAAAAAAAAUGUAAAUUAAUAGAUUUCAUAUCAAAUAAAUGGGGUAUUUCUACACAUUAGUUACAAAUUAAAUGUAUUUUAACAUGUCGGUUUAAAUACGUUUUUACAAAGAUUUUAUUGAAAUCCUGAAUAAGAUCGAAACAUUCUUUUAACCCUACACUCACUGAGUAUGUGGGGACCCUAUAUUUGCUGUAAAACCUUUUUGGUGUAUAGAUCAUGCCCCUGCAGUUUUACUGCUAAAUUCUCUGCCAUUUAGGAGUUAAAUCACUUUUUCUGUUAAUGCUGCUUUAGCAACACCUCCCCUGGCUGUGACUGACACAGUCUGCAUGAAAACAAAAUGGUUUAAUUUUCAAUCAGAUAUAACUCACUUUAAAAGUUUGUAUCUCCUGCCAUGUAAAAUGAACCUUAAUCACAUACAGGAGGCUUCUGUAGGCUAUAGAAAGCUAUUAAAGGAGCAGGAUAUAUGAAAUUACUAAUUAAACAUAAAUUGCAACAAAGGAAGUGUAAAGAUUAGAUGACUCUUUACAGGAAGUGUUUAGGAAGGCUGUGCAAGUCACAUGCAGGGAGGUGUGACUAGGGCUGAAUAAACAAAGUGUGUUAACUCCUAGAUUGCAGCGAAUUGAGCAGUGAGGCUGCAGGGGCAUGAUCUAUACUGAUUCAUUAAGCUAAAGUUGCUUUAGUGACUAUAGUGUCCCUUUUAAGCUUGGCAUUCUUUUUUUUUUUUUCGUUUUCUUUUGUCUCCAUGAAGACUUGUGAAACCCUGCUCUAAAUCAGUGAGAUUCCAGCAUGUACAGUGCUGCUACUGAUAGGAGUGUGCUUGCUACCUUCAGCUAAGCUCCGCAUGUGGAGUCCCACAAAGAGGGGGUGAUAUAGCAUGUAUGGGGCCUCAUUGGCUGACAGCUGGAGUUUUUGGAUGCAGAAUGUGGCGUGUGAUGACUGGGAGAGGUCAUUAAGUGAUCAUUUAUUUCGGUAAAUCAAAAGACUGAUACAGAUUAUGAGAAAUAUGCCGAAUAUCUGCUUUAAUAAUCUGCAGAAUCAAUAAUCGCUCUAUUCACGUACAUUCCCGUCUAGUACAUAACACUCCAUAUCAUAUCUUUACUUUGGGGAUCUAUAAAAUGUAUAGCCAGCUGUGUUGAGUAUAUUUGGUAUAAACUAAGAGCGUAAUUUUUCUCAAUUACAUCCCUUAAAGCAGCCACUUCAGUAUUAUUUGGCAUUCCUAAAGAACUGUCUUUGGGAGUUUGUAUCUCCAUAACUUGCCAGUACAUUUUAAAGACAUGUCUGUGCUUUUCCACAGUUGAAUAAGCCCUGUGUUACUGUUUUUGUGAAACCUCUUGAAAACUCUGGGCUUUAAAAACCUUUAUGAAAUAGGAAGGGAACCUGGCUUCUGAAAUUAUUCCUAUUGCCGGGCGGUUUUGAGUGUUUUUGUAUAGAUGGAUGACACUUCAAACAUUUGUCAACAUCUGCAAUAACAUAAGAUUUUGUACGCAUGGGAUCUUGAUGUUCAUAUGAGGUUUCUUGUAGUAGGUCGUGCCAGUAGAGUCUAAUAGCACGUUUGUAAAAAUUUUUAUUUUUGUAAUAAUAAAACUUUCUUUCCAUUUUAGGAUUUCCUGAUUCCACAACUAAUUGGGAAGGAUCUCUUUGAUGUUUGGUCAGUCAGGGACCCUAUGACCCUACUGGUUGAAGAAUUGUCUAAAAGGAACGUUGCUCUCCCAGAACCCAGGCUCACAAAACAAUCUGGAGUCAGCACUGCCCUUCCUGUAUAUUUUGUGGGUCUGUAUUGGUGAGUAUAGUUCUCUGUUCAUUUGUGUAAUGUAGGUUUAGUCUCUAGUUUUGCUUUUAAUUUUACAAUAAACCAAACCCAUUCGACAUGCACUUGGGUUGGAUGUAUUGAAGUACGGCAUUAUGGUGGCUUCUUUAACUGAUCACAUACAGUGAGUGGCAGUGCUUAAACAUGUAUCUAUGUAAGUACAAUUUUACAGGUUGGUAGAAUAAAUGUUAUUGGGCGACCUAUAAAAAACAAUUGCAAGGCUGUGUUCUCAAAGUGGAUAAAUCUCCAUGGAAACAAGAUCUUAAUUUUCUGUUUGAAUUAUGGCAAAGAGCACAACGCUUAUAGGAGUCUUUUAGUAGGCUUGCUAUAGUAGUUUUGUAACCAAUUAUAUUGCAUUAAUAUCACCUUUAGUUUGUAUUCUGUUGCUAUUAUGUUACUUCCUAUCACUGACUGUGACUUCAAGGUCUCUCGUGAAGGCUAAUAAAAUCAUUUUGCGAUAACUAUAAUCGAACUCUGCCUUGAUUAAUUCAAUGAUUUCCCCUGCAGCAAUAAGCAGCUGAUAGCAGAAGGUCCCGGGGACUCCAUCGCUGCUGCAGAAGAGGAAGCUGCACGUGUUGCUUUGCGGAAGAUGUUUGGCUUCACAGAGAACAGGCGGCCUUGGAAUUAUUCUGUUCCCAGGAAGGAUAAUACUGAGAAAAUGGCCAUCCUUUAUUAGCCAAUAUAAUUGCCAGCAGCAUAUAACGCCCCCCAAAAAUUAUUUCUGGUAUCUAUUUUUGGGCACCAUGCAAAAACUGAGAAAGUACACUGCUUAUUUGUAGUUGAUGGACAGUUAAGUACUGGGUUUAAAAAAGAUUAACUGUUGUGUUUAAAUCCGCAGAAGAUCAUGUUCAAUAACUAGUGAAUCAUGGUGAGGUGACCAUGAACUUGCAAAAUUUAGGCCAAAAUAUCAAAGUUGAAGAUUAUUUUUCUUUCCCCCAUUCUUCUCUAUUCUAUUCUAACUGUAGCAAGUGUAUUGCCAUCAAACAUUGAUCCAAUCUAAUAUUAGAAAAGUGGCCUUUAGUUUGCCCAUGGUGACCCCGCUGCUGUGGAUUUCCCAUUCAGAGUACUUUGUUUUGUUUCCCAGUUUUUGAUAUUUUUCAACCUUGGAAGGGAUACAGUAAUUGACCUAACAACCCUGUACUCCUUCAUUCUCUUGUUUAAAGAAGACUUGGCCUACAACCUGUAUAUAUGCUCUUACCUGCAAAAUAAAAUAUGUAAAAAUAAACUUGUUUAUAACAGGAAAAAUGGCAAAGUUGAUUACUAGGUAUUAGAAUUUGAC